AUGUUUAAAAAUGCAAUGGAUGCUCUUUCUGUAUGUAACAGAGUAAUGUUUCCAAACGUGUUCAAACUUUUGCAAAUAUUAGCAACUCAUCCGGUGUCGUCUGCUUCAAAUGAAAGAUCAUUUUCUACCCUCAAGCGAAUUAAAACUUAUUUGAGGAACUCCAAAUCUGAGGGAAGACUUAAAGGCUUAGCUUUGCUAUCCAUAAAUCGUCAUUACCAAAUAACCGCAGACGAAGUUCUUAUUGAGUUAUCAAACAAGAAACGACGUUUGAAAUUUUUGUUGUAG